UUUUAAACCGGAGGCAAGUAUCUCAAAGGGCUAAAUUGGAUAAAACAGCCAUUGUGCAUUGUCAAAAUUGUGCACUUGUAGUUUGAGUACUCUGCAUUGAUAUAUAGAAUAGCUCCGUCACUGCCUGUCACACAGUCUCAUCAUGUCGGCGAGUCGGGACAGUGCUUGCUUGGUGGGCUCAGGGCUGGGCAGCAGGAACAGCAGUGUCAGCGUGGGCACCAUCAGUGCGUCUCCCACCUGCAACCAGAGCAUGCUGAAGCUGGCCCCCUACUCCCCUGAGGCCACUGCCGCCUUCGCCACCGCCAUCACCCUCAUGGUCCUCAUCACCAUCGUCGGCAACAUCCUGGUCAUCAUCGCCGUGCUGACCAGCCGCUCCCUCCGAGGGCCACAGAACCUCUUCCUGGUCUCCCUGGCUGCGGCAGACAUCCUGGUGGCCACCCUCAUCAUCCCCUUCUCCCUGGCCAACGAGCUGAUGGGCUACUGGUACUUCCGCUCGGUGUGGUGCGAGAUCUACUUGGCGCUGGACGUGCUCUUCUGCACCUCCUCCAUUGUGCACCUGUGCGCCAUCAGCCUGGACCGCUACAUGUCCAUAUCCCGGGCGGUAACCUAUGGGCCCAAGCGCACGCCCAGGCGGAUCAAGACCGCCAUCCUCGUGGUGUGGCUCAUCGCCGCCGUCAUCUCCUUCCCGCCGCUGCUGUCCAUGAACAAGAGCAAGAGCUCGGUGGACGGUGAGGGCGAUCCUCAGUGCCAGCUCAACGACGAGCGCUGGUACAUCCUCUACUCCACCAUCGGCUCCUUCUUCGCCCCCUGCCUUAUCAUGAUUCUGGUGUACAUACGCAUUUACCAGAUCGCCAAGCAACGCACUCGCUGCCCCCCGGGGGAGCCCAGGAAGGAGGGCGCAGCCGCUGCCGCCACCCCACAGAAAGCCCGUGCUCAAGCCCAGCAGAACGGAGGUGGAGAAAGCAGCCCGGCCCCCCCUAAGAAAAGCUGUACCCCCAGGCCCCCCAAUCUUGCUGUGCCCCCCUCUCCAUGCUCACGGCAAACCAGGAAUUCUACCAAUCCCCACAACCUGUUGCAGCCCCCCUCUCCAUCCCCAGCCCCAACUCCCACCACUCCCGCCUCACCGGAAGGCCUGUCCCCCUCACUGUCGGCUUCUCCCUCGUCAGCUCAACACACUGAUUUAACCCCUAAACGCAAGGAUGGCAAGAAGACGAAGAGCCUGGGGAAGAAGGCAGACAAUAACAACGGUGACAGCUCCAGCUCAGGGUCGGACACAGAAGGGGGAGGGCCAGGUGGCCAUGGGACUUCUAGCAUUGCUGGGUCGCCAGGUGGUGGCCUUCCAACCUCCCCUGCCUCUGUGCAGAAGUACAGAGACAUGCUUGCUACAUCAAAGGGGGCAAUCUUAAUAGGGCGGAAGGCUAAGCCAGAGGGCACGCCCAACACAGCCCGGCGGAAGGCCAUGGUGAAUCGAGAGAAGCGAUUCACCUUUGUGUUGGCGGUGGUGAUCGGGGUGUUUGUAAUCUGCUGGUUCCCCUUUUUCUUCUCCUACAGCCUGCAGGCUGUGUGUCCGGACGUCUGCAGCCUCCCAGAGCCACUCUUUAAGUUCUUCUUCUGGAUUGGCUACUGUAACAGCUGCCUGAACCCUGUCAUCUACACCAUCUUCAAUAAGGACUUUCGCAGGGCUUUCAAAAAGAUCCUCUGCAGGAACACUAAGGGCACAUUCUUUUAAAAUGCUGUAACUCUGCUCUGCUGCACAAAUGCCACCCUGGAAUCCCAGAUCAGUGCAAGAGCAGGACAUGCACAAACUCUGAAGACAAGUGUCAAAGCCUUUUUCAAACAGCAAAUUAAAGGCAUGAAGAAUAUAAUUGGACAAGACCAACAGUCUCAAAAAAUCAGGG